CGGCCCUUCCCGUCUGGGCAGCGGGCGCCCAGUGAGACUGGUCCCGUCGCCGGGGGCGCGUGUGGGAGGCGGCGAGCGCCUGAGACACCGGGAGCCCCGGGCCGUGGCCCUCCCUCGCCCGCCCGGCCCCUCCCACUCCUCUGCCCCGGGGCUGCCACCGCCCGGCGUCGGCGCCCGUCCCUUCCUCGCGGCGCCGCCGCCCUCUGGGCCUAGCCCGCCCAGCGCGGCGAGCGGCGGCGGUGCGAGCUGGUCUGUCGCCGCAUCCGCCGCAUCCGCUCCGACUCUGCGCCCGGCCCUGCCCCUCAUGACUGCGGCGCCUGUGCUGCCUCCGCCUGCCCGGCCGCCGCUCGCCGCAGGAUGGAUGCGGACCGUGCGGCGCUAACCCCCGUGGCUCUGCUCCUGGAUCGCCCGCCGACGAGCCUGCCUUGUGAGCCGCAGCAGCCGCCGCACCUGGGCCCCGUGUCCCGCCUCUCCUCCGGGACGGCUCGUCAGUGCUGAGCGAGGCGUCGCCGCGCUCGGCCGGAACCCGCCGUGGGAGCGGCGCCCUGCGGACCUUCACCCUCGUUUCAUUCACAAGUCCGAGCCCGCUCGCCCCACUCCGGCGGACCCACCAUGUCUGGCAGCGCCGCGGAGAAGCAGAGCAGCACUCCCAGUUCCCUGUUCCUCUCGCCGCCGGCGCCCGCCCCCAAGAAUGGCUCCAGCUCCGAUUCCUCCGUCGGGGAGAAACUGGGGGCCGCGGCGAGCGACGCUGGCAGGACCGAGGAGUACCGGCGCCGCCGCCACACUAUGGACAAGGACAGUCGUGGCGCGGCCGCGACCACGACCACCACUGAGCACCGCUUCUUCCGCCGGAGCGUCAUCUGCGACUCCAAUGCCACCGCGUUGGAGCUGCCCGGCCUCCCUGUGUCUCUCCCGCAGCCCAGCGUUCCCGCGGUCGCUCCGCAGAGUGCUCCGCCAGAGCCCCAGCGGGAGGAGACCUUGACCGCCACCGCCGCUUCCCAGGUGGCCCAGCAGCCGCCAGCCGCUGCCGUUCCUGGGGAACAAGCCGUCGCGGGCCCUGCCGCCUCGACCGCCCCCGGCAGUACCGGCAGAGACCGCCCCGUUUCCCAGCCCGGCCUUGUGGGGAGCAAAGAGGAGCCGCCGCCGGCGAGAAGUGGCAGCGGCGGCGGCAGCGCGAAGGAGCCACCGGAGGAACGGAGCCAGCAGCAGGAUGACAUCGAAGAGCUGGAGACCAAGGCCGUGGGAAUGUCCAACGAUGGCCGCUUUCUCAAGUUCGACAUUGAAAUCGGCCGAGGCUCCUUCAAGACUGUCUACAAAGGUCUGGACACCGAAACCACCGUGGAAGUCGCCUGGUGUGAACUGCAGGAUCGAAAGUUAACAAAGUCUGAGAGGCAGAGAUUUAAAGAAGAGGCUGAAAUGUUAAAGGGUCUUCAGCAUCCCAAUAUCGUUCGAUUCUAUGAUUCCUGGGAAUCCACAGUAAAAGGAAAGAAGUGCAUUGUUUUGGUGACUGAACUUAUGACAUCUGGAACACUUAAAACGUACCUGAAAAGGUUUAAAGUAAUGAAGAUCAAAGUUCUAAGAAGCUGGUGCCGUCAGAUCCUUAAGGGACUUCAGUUUCUUCAUACUCGGACUCCACCUAUUAUUCACCGGGAUCUUAAAUGUGACAACAUCUUUAUCACUGGCCCUACAGGCUCAGUCAAGAUUGGAGAUCUUGGUCUGGCAACCCUGAAGCGGGCUUCUUUUGCCAAGAGCGUGAUAGGUACCCCAGAGUUCAUGGCCCCUGAGAUGUAUGAGGAGAAAUAUGAUGAAUCCGUUGACGUUUAUGCUUUUGGGAUGUGCAUGCUUGAGAUGGCUACAUCUGAAUAUCCAUACUCGGAGUGCCAAAAUGCUGCGCAGAUCUACCGUCGAGUGACCAGUGGGGUGAAGCCAGCCAGUUUUGACAAAGUAGCAAUUCCUGAAGUGAAGGAAAUUAUUGAAGGAUGCAUACGGCAAAACAAAGAUGAAAGAUAUUCCAUCAAAGACCUUUUGAACCAUGCCUUCUUCCAGGAGGAAACAGGGGUACGGGUAGAAUUAGCAGAAGAAGAUGAUGGAGAAAAGAUAGCCAUUAAAUUAUGGCUACGUAUUGAAGAUAUUAAGAAAUUAAAGGGAAAAUACAAAGACAAUGAAGCCAUUGAAUUUUCCUUUGACUUGGAGAGAGAUGUCCCAGAAGAUGUUGCUCAAGAAAUGGUAGAGUCUGGGUAUGUCUGUGAAGGUGAUCACAAGACCAUGGCUAAAGCUAUCAAAGACAGAGUGUCAUUAAUUAAGAGGAAACGAGAGCAGCGGCAGUUGGUGCGAGAGGAGCAAGAAAAAAGAAAGCAGGAAGAGAGCAAUCUCAAACAGCAGGUAGAACAACAAUCCAGUGCAUCCCAGACAGGAGUCAAGCAGCUUCCUUCUGCUAGCAGCGGUGUACCUGCUGCUUCCACCACUUCAGCUUCAGUUUCUACACAAGUAGAACCUGAAGAACCUGAGGCAGAUCAACAUCAACAAUUGCAGUACCCGCAGCCUACUCUGUCUGUGUUAUCUGACGGGACGGUUGACAGUGGCCAGGGAUCUUCUGUCUUCACAGAAUCUCGAGUGAGCAGCCAACAGACAGUUUCAUAUGGUUCCCAACAUGAACAGGCACAUUCUACUGGCACAAUCCCAGGGCAUACAGCUUCUAUUGCUCAAGCACAAUCUCAGCCCCAUGGGAUAUAUCCAUCCUCGAGUGUGGCACAGGGGCAGAGCCAGGGUCAGCCGUCCUCAAGUAGCUUAACAGGGGUUUCAUCUUCACAGUCCAUACAGCAUCCUCAACAGCAGCAGGGAAUACAGCAGACAGCCGCUCCUCAACAGACAGUACAGUAUUCACUUCCGCAAACAUCAGCCUCCAGUGAGGCCACUGCUGCACAGCCCGUGAGUCAGCCUCAAGCUCCACAGGUCUUGCCUCAAGUACCAGCUGGAAAACAGCUUCCAGUUUCCCAGCCAGUGCCACCUAUCCAAGGCGAACCUCAGAUCCCAGUCGCGACACAGCCCUCAGUUGUUCCAGUCCACUCUGGUGCUCAUUUUCUCCCAGUGGGACAGCCACUCCCUACUUCUUUACUUCCUCAGUACCCCGUCUCUCAAAUUCCCAUAUCAACUCCUCAUGUGUCUACGGCUCAGACAGGUUUCUCAUCCAUUCCCAUCACAAUGGCAGCUGGCAUUAAUCAGCCUCUGCUCACCUUGGCUUCAUCUGCUACAGCACCUGCGGUCCCAGGGGGAUCAGCUAUGGUUCCUAGUCAGCUUCCAACCCUUCUGCAGCCUGGGACUCAAAUGCCAAGUCAGGUUCACCCACAGCUUCUACAACCGUCAGUGCAGUCCAUGGGCGUACCAGCUAACCUUGGACAAGCUGUUGAGGUUCCACUUCCCUCUGGAGAUGUUCUGUACCAGGGCUUUCCACCUCGACUGCCACCACAAUACCCAGGAGACUCAAAUAUUGCUCCCUCUUCCAGCGUGGCUUCUGUUUGCAUCCAUUCUACAGUUCUGUCCCCUCCCAUGCCGACAGAAGCAUUGGCUGCACCUGCUUACUUUCCUGCAGUGGUGCAGCCUUACGUGGAACCAAAUCUUUUGGUUCCUGUGGGUGGUAUAGGAGGACAGGUUCAAGUGUCCCAACCAGCUGUGAGUUUAGCACAACAAGCCCCCACUACAUCCUCCCAGCAAGCAGUUCUGGAGAGUACUCAGCGAGUCUCUCAGGUUGCUUCUCCCGAGCCAGUUCCAGUAGCACAACCACAGCCCUCCCAGCCUACCGCUUUGGUUUCCUCUGUCGACAGUGCACAUUCAGAUGUUGCUUCAGGUAUGAGUGAUGGCAAUGAGAAUGUCCCGUCUUCCAGUGGAAGGCAUGAAGGAAGAACUACAAAACGUCAUUAUCGAAAGUCUGUAAGAAGUCGCUCUCGACAUGAAAAGACUUCACGCCCAAAAUUAAGAAUUUUGAAUGUUUCAAAUAAAGGAGACCGAGUAGUAGAAUGUCAGUUAGAGACUCAUAAUCGGAAAAUGGUAACAUUCAAAUUUGACCUGGAUGGUGACAACCCUGAGGAGAUAGCAACAAUUAUGGUGAACAAUGACUUUAUUCUAGCAAUAGAGAGAGAGGCAUUUGUGGAUCAAGUGCGGGAAAUUAUUGAAAAAGCUGAUGAAAUGCUCAGUGAGGAUGUCAAUGUAGAACCAGAGGGUGACCAGGGAUUGGAGAGUCUGCAGGGAAAGGACGACUAUGGCUUUUCUGGUUCUCAAAAAUUGGAAGGAGAGUUCAAACAACCAGUUCCUGCAUCUUCCAUGCCACAGCAAAUAGGCAUUCCUACCAGUUCUUUAACUCAAGUUGUUCAUUCUGCUGGAAGACGGUUUAUAGUAAGUCCUGUGCCAGAAAGUCGAUUACGAGAAUCAAAACUUUUCACCAGUGAAAUACCAGAUACAGUUGCUGCCUCUACAUCUCAGGGCCCUGGAAUGAACUUGUCUCACUCUGCUUCUUCCCUUAGUCUACAACAGGCCUUUUCUGAACUUAGACGUACCCAGAUGACAGAAGGACCCAAUACAGCACCUCCAAAUUUUAGUCAUACAGGACCAACAUUUCCAGCAGUACCUCCUUUCUUGAGUAGCACUGCUGGUGUCCCAACUGUAGCAGCAGCCUCAUCUUCAGUCUCAGUCCCGACAACAAGCAGCCCUAUAAAUGACAUUUCCACAUCAGUGAUUGAGUCGGAGAUCACAGUGCCCACUGAGAAAGGGAUUGCUGGAGUUGCCACCAGCACAGGUCUCCCUGUACCACCUGUGUCUGAGUCACCAGCACUUUCCGCUGUAGGUUCAAGUAUCACAACACCUGCAACUGUCUCAGAAACUACAACAUCCCAGUCGGUUCACGUCCCUAUAUCUGGGAGCAUUGUUUCUAGUACAGGCACUUUUCCUUCUGUAACAGUUUCAACAGCUUCAGCCUCUGCAGUGGGCAGUGCUGCCGCCCCCUGUGCUAAGCCUCCAGCUGUGCUAUCUCAGCAGGCAGCUGGCAGUACUACUGUAGUAGCCACAUUGACACCGGUUUCUGCCACAACUUCAUUCCCUAGUACAGCUUCACAGCCAUCCCUUCAGCUUAGCAGCAGCACCUCUGCUCCUACUCUGGCUGAAACAGUGGUGGUCAGUGCACACUCACUGGAUAAGACAUCUCAUACCAGUACAACUGGACUGGCUUUGUCCCUCUCUGCACCAUCUUCCUGUUCCUCCCAAGGAACAGGACUGUCUAGUUCUGUUUCUCAGCCCGGUGGAGUGCACCCGUUGGUCAUCCCAUCAGCUAUAGCUUCUACUCCUGUUCUUCCCCAAGCAGCAGGACCUACACCUUUAUUACCCCAAGUACCUGGUAUCCCACCCUUGGUCCAGCCUGUUGCCAAUGUGCCUGCUGUACAGCAGACACUAAUUCAUAGUCAGCCUCAACCAGCUUUGCUUCCCAACCAGCCCCAUACUCACUGUCCUGAAGUGGAUGCUGAUACACAACCCAAAGCUCCUGGAAUUGAUGACAUAAAGACUCUGGAGGAAAAGCUGCGUUCUCUCUUUAGUGAGCACAGCUCAUCUGGAGCUCAGCAUGCCUCUGUCUCACUGGAGACAUCAUUAGUCGUAGAGACCACUGUCACACCAGGCAUCCCAACCACUGCUGUUGCACCAAGCAAACUCACGACUUCCACCACUAGUAUUUGCUUACCACCAACGAACUUGACAUUAGGAGCAGUCGCUUUGUCAGGUGUGCCAGUGGUCUCACCUGGGCAAGUGUCUGCCCCAGCCACCACUACAUCAGGAGUGAAACCUGGAAUGGCUCCUUCAAAGCCUCCUUUAGUUAAGGCUCCGGUAUUGCCUGUGGGUACUGAACUUCCACCAGGUGCUUUAUCCAGUGAGCAGCUGCCACCUUUUCCAGGACCUUCACUAACCCAGUCCCAGCAACCUCUAGAAGAUCUUGAUGCUCAAUUGAGAAGAACACUUAGUCCAGAGACUGUUGCAGUGACAUCCACAGUCGGUCCUGUGUCCAUGGUGGCUCCAACAGCAGUUGCAGAAGCAGGAGCACAGCCUCAGAAGGAUGUUUCUCAAGGCACAGAAGGUCCUGUCCUAGCAACCACUUCGGGAGCUGGUGUUUUUAAGAUGGGGCGAUUUCAGGUUUCAGUUGCAAUGGAUGAUGCCCAUAAAGAGGGUAAAAAUAAGCCAGAAGAGGCAAAAUCUGUUCAUUUUGAAUCCAGCACUUCAGAGUCCUCAGUGCUAUCGAGUAGUAGUCCAGAGAAUACCAUGGUGAAGCCAGAGCCUAACGGGGUGACCACUCAUGGUAUCUCUUCAGAUGUGCCUGAUAGUGCCCCCAAAACUCCAGCCCCAGAGGCAAAGUCAGAAACUGGGCAGCCUACCAAGGUUGGGCGUUUUCAGGUGACAACUACAGCAAACAAAGUGGGUCGUUUCUCUGUAUCAAGAACUGAGGACAAGAUUGCUGAGGCAAAGAAAGAGGGACCAGUGACAUCUCCUCCCUCUGUGGAUUUGGAACAAGCUGUUCUUCCUGCUGUGAUACCAAAGAAAGAAAAGCCCGAACUGUCAGAGCCUUCACAUCUCAAUGGGCCGUCUUCUGACCUGGAGGCUGCCUUUCUAAGCAGGGAUGUGGAUGACGGUUCAGGUAGUCCACACUCCCCACAUCAGCUGAGCUCAAAGAGCCUUCCUAUUCAGAAUCUGAGUCAAAGCCUUAGUAAUUCAUUCAACUCCUCUUACAUGAGUAGUGACAACGAGUCGGACAUUGAAGACGAAGACUUAAAGCUGGAGCUGCGAAGACUACGAGAAAAACAUCUUAAAGAGAUUCAGGACCUGCAGAGUCGCCAGAAGCAUGAAAUUGAAUCUUUAUAUACCAAACUGGGCAAAGUUCCCCCUGCUGUCAUUAUUCCCCCAGCCGCUCCCCUUUCAGGGAGAAGAAGGCGACCCACAAAAAGCAAAGGCAGCAAAUCUAGUCGCAGCAGUUCCUUGGGGAAUAAAAGCCCCCAGCUUUCAGGUAACCUGUCUGGUCAGAGUGCAGCUUCAGUCUUGCACCCCCAGCAGACCCUCCACCCUCCUGGCCACCUCCCAGAGUCCGGGCAGAAUCAGCUGUUACAGCCCCUUAAGCCGUCUCCCUCCAGUGACAACCUCUAUUCAGCCUUCACCAGCGAUGGUGCCAUUUCAGUACCAAGCCUUUCUGUUCCAGGCCAAGGGACCAGCAGCACCAACACCGUCGGGGGCACAGUGAACAGCCAAGCCACCCAGGCUCAGCCUCCUGCCAUGACGUCCAGCAGGAAGGGCACAUUCACAGAUGACCUGCACAAAUUGGUAGACAACUGGGCCCGAGAUGCCAUGAAUCUGUCAGGCAGGAGAGGAAGCAAAGGACAUACGAACUAUGAGGGCCCUGGGAUGGCGAGGAAGUUCUCCGCGCCUGGGCAGCUGUGCGUCUCCAUGACCUCAAACCUGGGCGGCUCCGCCCCCAUCUCUGCAGCAUCAGCUACCUCUCUAGGUCACUUCACCAAGUCUCUGUGCCCCCCACAGCAGUACGGUUUCCCAGCUGCCCCGUUCGGCGCUCAGUGGAGUGGGACGGGUGGCCCAGCACCACAGCCGCUUGGCCAGUUCCAACCUGUGGGAACUGCCUCCUUGCAGAAUUUCAACAUCAGCAAUUUGCAGAAGUCCAUCAGCAACCCCCCAGGUUCCAACCUGCGGACCACUUAGACCUGAGGCCGUUAACCGAGCAGAUCUGGGGCAGGAGAUGGAAUGCUGAUGGGGGGGGGGUGGGAAAGUAGCCUCUUACUAACUGCUAGUGCUGCGUUUAACUGGUUAUUUCUUGCCAGAAGGGAAUGUUCUAAUACCGCUUUGAGCCCACAGAACGGAGAGUCUCUUUCCCCCUCCAUUUAUUGGAGUGGGACAAGAACAGCUUUCUUGUGAAGGGGCAGCUUCAGACCCGCUUUCCUGUUCUUCCAUACCCAACAGUGAGGGCUUGGGCGAGGAGAGAGAAUCUUGUUCAUGAGGAAGCCACUAGAGAGCUCGAUGUAAAAUCAAAGCCCAUCUGUGUUUUCAAGUGGGCGGGGCUCCUAAUUUUGGUACACGCCCCAAAUCCCUUACUCUCCCUCCACAGUCCAAACCACAAAACACACAAAAAAAGCUAUUGGGCUAUCUCCUGCCUUGCUCCUACCCCUCUUCCCCCGCCCCUUCUUUUUGUUUUUCUUUGCUUUUUAGAACCCAGUGGAAAAUACCAGGGGACUGGGGGUGUAACCCUUAUGAUAGGUCAUUAGUGCUUCAAGCAAAAGAUACUAGCAGCUUUGACUGCAGCAUUAGCAAUUAGGGAAAAAAAUUAAGUUCCCUGCGGACAUGUAACUUUGCCAUCAGUUUUGAUGUGGAAACACUGUGAUAUUAUAUAAAUGUUGUUGGACAACAGUAGUUUUAAAGGUAACAUGAAACGUUUAAAAAGUUCCAAAAAAAGCUAGCUCUGUCCUUUACUUAUUGAGACACUUUAACUUUUUUCCUUUGUAUUUCCAUUGUAUUAGAUAAAUAAAUGUGAAUGUAAAAUUGUAUAAAUUACUGUACUUGAAUACUUCUGUUCUCCCAGUGUUGCUUGCUGGACAUUUUAGUGCCUUGGACUUCUAUUGCUUCUGCCAUUAGCGUCAACUUACCAGACCCCAGAUCAGCAAAGGGCAUGUGGGGGAAAUCGUAGGUCCAUGUGACCCUAGCGGUGGAUAUGCCAAAGGGAAGUUGAAAGAGUAUUUUUUUUAAGUCAUUCAACAAUUUUGUCUAGAGCAGGUGUAAGAUGAGUCAGGUGAGAAGUUGGCAUCAGUGGGUGAAAGCAGAGGUUCUGUUUCAGGAACAGUUGAGGGAGGGGCAUUGUAACAAAAUCGGGCAAUUUAGAAGACUGAGUGGUGUGUGCUCAGUGAAAGAGAAAGACAGACUCGAGUGGGGGACAAACCUGUUUAGAAGACACUGAUGCCCAGCCAGCGACUGUCGCGAACCUCACUUAUUUGAGCUGGGCUUGGACAGACAAGAUCUAGAAGAAAUUAAACAUAAAGGGAAGGGGGGAGCGGCUAGUUUUUACGUUGGAAAAUGUGAUAGGUAGCGAAAAGCCACAGAUGGAGAAAGUUGCUCUAAGAAGAACUGUUUGGAUCGCUUUCCUCUUGCACAUGGACCGUGCGUUUCUCAGCUUGGGGUACUAUGUUUUGUGGAAAAUGAAUCUUUCUACAUCUGAAUAAGCAUUGUCAAAAAGAAUGCUUAUUCCUACUCAUUUCCUCUAUGGUGUCCAAAUGGUUGCAGGAUUAUACUCUAUUGUGCCACGUUUAUUUCUAAAAUUAUAACCAAUAUUCUCGUAUUUUCAUAUAAAUAUUUCCUUUAAUAACUGCAACCAACCAGUAUUAUUUAGUGCUAUGCCUAAUUGUAAUGGGCAGUUCUUUCGUUUUCAGAGCUUUCCAGAAAUACUGUCCUAAUUGGCUAUGUUUGGGAACUCUGUUAUCUCUGAGGAUGGAUAAAGAAGCUAGGACUCUUAAUCUGGGGGUGCCUCUUCUCCUGACUCUCAGUUGGGAAACUGACACAUCCCCAACCUUUGACCCCCCCGCCCCCACCUGCGCCAUUGGCGCAUCCCGGGAAUCCCAGCCGUAGGAAGAGCCGAGUCCUGUUCGUUCCUUACAGGCCUAUUUUCUUGACCGCGUGGCCGAGGCCCCACAGACGCGAGUGAGAGCUGAGGGUUUAGGAAGGUCGGGUUGAAAAGGCCAGCGGUUUCAAGCCCUGCUUUAAAGCUGUUUACUCAUUCUCUGCUUGUGAUUCUUGGCGAGAGGGUGAGAGUGAGGCCAGCACAGAGUGCCGAGUAAGUGAGAAGUGGAUGCCUGAGACGAUGGAACAAACCUUUAUCCCAGAGGAACGAGGGAGCCAAAUGCAGCACAUUAUUGUUUUGUUAUUUUGGUUUAAUAAUUUUGAGAUCUUUUCACUCAUACACAAAAGCUAAGAACUGGUUUUAUUUACUGUUGAUUUUUCCCCCUCCUGUGGAUGAAAUAACUGAAGCCUAGAGGAAGGAACUAGUGCUACUGAACUCUUUAAAUUAUUUUUGUGUUAAUAGUACACUGAGUAUCUUUUUCCACAUUAAAAAAAAGAUCUUUCUGAAUUAUAAAUGUUUUCCUUACAUUAUUUAACAAUGUAUACUGUUUAAAAAAACAAACUGAAUUCAAACUUCGGGGGUUUCUCAGCAGCCAUUAAUUGUACAUUCUGCACUAACUCUGGGUGUUGCGCUUCUUGUACGAUUGCGCUUUGUGCUUCAGUUUGUUACCUUUGUAGACUUAUUUAAUGAAACCAUUCAAAUAAACAAAACUUGCUUUUGUUGA